CAUUUGUUACACAGAUUCUGACUUUUAUUCAUUCUCCACGGGUUUACUGCUAUUAGGCAGCCUGCUCUGCAUCUGUACAACCUGCUACAAAAAUGGGUACUCCAGAAGUUCGGAGGAAAGAUAUGAAGAUGAUCAAUGGCUAUCCUAUGGUCUAUGCUUUUGCACUCAAUUGGGAAAGGAUGGAAGAGUUCCAGGGCAGACCAGAUGACAUUGUGAUAUCCACAUUCCCUAAAUCAGGUACUACUUGGAUUAGUGAAAUUGUUGACAUGGUUCUAAAUGAUGGAGAUAUUGAAAAAUGUAAGCGAGACGUCAUUACUACUAAAAUUCCAAUGCUGGAGCUGUAUGAACCUGGACAAAAUAUAUCAGGUAUUGAAUUCUUAAAGACAACUCCAUCGCCUCGGGUUAUAAAGACACAUCUACCAACUGAUCUACUCCCGAAAAGUCUCUGGGAGAACAAGUGCAAGAUGAUUUAUAUGGCUCGAAAUGCCAAGGAUGUUACUGUCUCGUACUAUCAUUUUGACUUAAUGAAUAAUCUACACCCUGUUCCUUGUACCUGGGAAGAAUAUGUGCUGAAAUUCCUAGAUGGAAAUGUGCCUUAUGGUUCAUGGUUCAAUCACGUUAAGACUUGGUGGGAAAAGAAGAAAGAUCAUCCGCUACUUUUCUUGUACUAUGAAGAUUUAAAACAGAACCCAAAGGAAGAAAUCAAAAAGGUUGCCAACUUUCUAGGCAAGACUUUGGAUGAGAAGACCUUGGACAAGAUUAUCCAUCACACCUCCUUUGAAAUGAUGAAGGACAACCCCAUGGUCAAUUAUACCCAUCUGCCCUCAUCAAUGAUGGAUCACAGCAAGUCCCCUUUCAUGAGAAAAGGUACUAUUGGUGACUGGAAAAAUUACUUCACAGUGGCCCAAAAUGAGAUAUUUGAUGCCGUCUAUGAGAAGGAAAUGUCUGGAACAACACUUAAGUUCUGCACAGAGAUCCAAAGUAAUUAAGCUGAAACUUGAAUAUAUGAUUUCUUAAAAUAGUAACUUGGCCGGGAAGUCAAAUGGAUUUG